AUGUCGGGCGCAGAGAGCGAGCUGGGCCACUUGUCAAACGCCCUCGCCUCUCCGGCGCAGCUGGAACACUCCUCCUCGUCGCUGGACGGAGUGCCCGAGGAGCUCGAGAGGUCGGUUCGAUAUGCGGGCGUCAAGCUCACGCAGGCUGCUGGAGUGCUGCUUCAGCUGCCGCAGGAUGUCAUUGCCCAGGCGAUAGUCGCCUUUACACGGUUCUGGGUCGGGCCUGAGGGAGGCAGUCUGGCAGUCUACUCUGCAAAGGACGUAUCGCCCGCACCCCUGUACAUGACAGCGAAGCUCUCUUUUUACCCUGUAUCGCCUCGUUCGGUGCUCAACGUGUACACGUAUCUACUCUCCCCUACAGCUUCGCCUUUAUCCUUCGUCAACCCAGAGGGAGCUCCCGAACACCCCGAACCAGAGAGCUAUUACCUGUCCGAAGGCUCAUACCAGAUCGAACGCCAGAACCUGAUGAAGAUCGAGUCGGCUGUCCUACGCACCUCUUCAUUUCACACAAGGGUUGUUCUACCGCAUACUAUCGCCCUGACUUACCUGCAGACUCUCAAGGUGUCUUCUUCCUCCGUGGCUGCGCGUACCUUCGCACAUCUCAACGCCGCCUUGUUCUCGCCUCAGAUCCUGUACCUAACUCACCAGCCGAAUGCGCUGGCUGUCGCUGCUAUCUACCUCGCUGCAAGGGAGCAAGGAGUCAAGAUUGUUGACAGUGAGUGGUGGGAGGUGUUUGACGUUGAUCGCGAAGAGCUGGGAUUCCUAGUUGUCGCCAUGAGGAGCAUGGACGGAUUUGCUAGGGUUGAACAUGAGUACUGGAAGGGCAAAGUUGUCCCCUUGACCGUUGGCGGCGUUGAGCGAGAGGCAUCUAGACGUCAGCAGGCCGCUUCCGCUGAGUCGUGA